GGAUGUCACACUGCUCUUGUUCGGCAUGCCAAAAGGGCCAGCGCCCAAAUAUUCUCUCGAGGCAUCAUUGCAUUUUUCCCAAGCUUUUUGAGAUGGCGCUGCCCAAGUUUAGCUUAUAAAACACCCCUUCCCUAACUCACUUUGCAUUGCUCCCCGGUAGUGGCUGCAGCAUCUGAGAGAGACCGAGACAUCUUUGCUCUCUCUCGUCUCUCCCUCUUUCUUCUCUUGUCUGAUGCUGCUGGCUGGCUUCAACUGACUGGAGAGAAAUCUACUGACUGAAGAAGAAUCUCUACUGAAGAGGAGACAAGAAGAGUCUAUCCAAGGAUACUCAACUGGUUGGUAUAGGAGUAAUUGAGAUCAAGGGCCAGUCGAGACACAAGAACACAGGAUAGUGCAGAUGGAGAAGCUUGUGAAUCACUGCGACAUGGAGCUGAUGAAGAUGGCCAUGCUCAGGCACGAAGAGACCUUCAGGCAGCAGGUCCACGAGCUGCACCGGCUGUACCGCGUCCAGAAGCAGCUGAUGAUGAGCGGCGGCGUGUCGAGGCCGUCGUCGGAGCUCAUCGGCUGCCGGCGGCGUCAGACCAGGCGCAGCUGCAGGCAGCCGCGUCGCGCGCUGGACCUUCGCCUCCCCGCUGAUGACUACAUCCUCGUCGUCGCCGCGGGCAACGCGACGCCUCCGCCGAGGCAAGAGGACGGGCUGGAGCUGACGCUCGCCGUCGGCGGCGGCGGCGCGGGCAGGAGGAAGCGGCGGGACGAGGGCACCGGCACCGGAACCCCCGUGGGGUCGGACUGCUCCGGCGGGAGCCUGACGUCGUCGUCGUCGAUCACCGACACCACCAGCGGAUCGCCGCCGUUCCUUCUCCAGGAAGGGGCGGCGGCGGUGACGCAGCAACCGCCAUGGCUCGUGCAGUGCCUCAGCCUCAAGAUGGCUGCGGCGUGGGUCAAUGGUCAUGUAGUAGGAUUUUAAGGCUGUGGUGUCAGCUCGUAGGAGAGGAUGCAGUGCAGGAGGAGCAGGUACUCUAGAAGCCUGCUGGUAGGGCUUUGCUAUGUCAUGGGGGCUACCUUCUCAACUAAGUCCGGUUGGCCAGUUCCUGAUUAACGGGUACUUGCAGGCCAGGUUAAUUUUCAGUAGUGCUGUUGAUCACCAUCACGCUUGGUGUAGCUCAUGUAGAAAAGCAACUCUAAGAAAAAAAAAAGGCACUUACGCCACAAAGUUACCGCCUGGGAGAGGUAGUCAUGUAGCUCUAGAAAACUGCAUCACAUUUUACACAAGACAUAACAUAAACGCCCUAGUUUGGCAGAAUACGCAGGUGCAGCUUGCAAAUGAAGAACAACUUCA